CCCCAGGAGAUUUCUUUGCCACCUCCUCCAGAAAGCCUUCCAGCACUGCUCUGUCACAUCUAUCCAGAGAACGGAUCAGCCUUGUUCCUCCUCUAGGUGGCUUCAGGCCGGUGGGGACCUGGCCCCGCAGAUGCUCCGGCAACUGCAGGAAACCAACGCGGCGCUGCGGGACGUGCGGGAGCUGCUGCGGCAGCAGGUCAAGGAAAUCACGUUCCUGAAAAACAUGGUGAUGGAGUGCGACGCGUGCGGGAUGCAGCCGGCGCACACGGCCGGGGUGAGCGUCCGGCCGCUGCCCGAGUGCGCCCCCGGCUACUGCUUCCCCGGCGUGGUGUGCACCCAGACGGCCGGCGGCGCGCGCUGCGGACCCUGCCCCGAGGGUUACACCGGCAACGGCUCGCACUGCGCUGAUGUCAACGAGUGCAACGCCCACCCGUGCUUCCCCCGCGUGCGCUGCGUGAACACCAGCCCGGGCUUCCGCUGCGAGCCCUGCCCGCCCGGCUACAGCGGGCCGAGCCACGAGGGCGUCGGGCUGGCCUUCGCCAAGGCCAGCAAGCAGGUCUGCACCGACGUCAACGAGUGUGAGACCGGGCAGCACAACUGCGUCCCCAACUCCGUGUGUCUCAACACCCGGGGCUCCUUCCAGUGCGGCCAGUGCCAGCCCGGCUUCGUGGGCGACCAGCAGUCCGGCUGCCACCGGCGCGGCCAGCGCUUCUGCCCCGACGGCACGCCCAGCCCGUGCCACGACAAGGCCGACUGCCUGCUGGAGCGCGAUGGGUCCCGCUCGUGCGCGUGCGCCGUGGGCUGGGCCGGCAACGGGCUCCUCUGCGGCCGAGACACCGACCUGGACGGUUUCCCGGACGAGAAGCUGCGCUGCUCCGAGCGCCAGUGCCGCAAGGACAACUGCAUGACGGUGCCCAACUCAGGACAGGAGGAUGUAGACCGGGAUGGCAUCGGAGACGCCUGUGACCCGGAUGCGGACGGGGAUGGGAUCCUGAAUGAGGAGGACAACUGCCCGCUGGUGCGGAACCCGGACCAGCGCAAUUCUGAUGGUGACAAAUGGGGCGACGCCUGUGACAACUGCCGGGCCCAGAAGAAUGACGACCAGAAGGACACAGACGGCGAUGGCCGCGGGGACGCAUGUGACGAUGACAUCGACGGCGACCGCAUCCGUAACGCGGUGGACAACUGCCCCAGGGUGCCCAACGCUGACCAGAAGGACAGCGAUGGUGAUGGUGUUGGGGACGCGUGUGACAACUGUCCCAGGAAGAGCAACCCAGACCAGAGAGACGUGGACCACGACUUCGUAGGAGACGCGUGUGACAGCGAUCAGGACCAAGACGGGGAUGGGCACCAGGACUCGAUGGACAACUGCCCCACAGUGCCCAACAGCGCCCAACAGGACUCAGACCACGAUGGCCAAGGGGAUGCCUGUGAUAAUGAUGAUGACAAUGACGGAGUCCCGGACAGCCGUGACAAUUGCCGCUUGGUGCCCAACCCUAACCAGGAGGACUCCAACGGGGACGGUGUGGGAGACGCCUGCAGAGAGGACUUUGACGCCGACAUGGUGGUGGACAAGAUCGACGUGUGUCCCGAGAAUGCUGAAGUCACCCUCACUGACUUCAGGGCCUUUCAGACGGUCGUGCUGGACCCCGAGGGUGACGCACAGAUAGAUCCCAACUGGGUGGUGCUGAACCAGGGCAUGGAGAUUGUGCAGACGAUGAACAGUGACCCUGGCUUGGCUGUAGGCUACACAGCCUUCAAUGGCGUGGACUUCGAGGGCACGUUUCAUGUGAACACGGUCACGGAUGACGACUACGCGGGUUUCAUCUUCGGCUACCAGGACAGCUCCAGCUUCUACGUGGUCAUGUGGAAACAGAUGGAGCAGACAUACUGGCAGGCCAGCCCCUUCCGCGCUGUGGCUGAGCCCGGCAUCCAGCUCAAGGCUGUGAAGUCCUCCACGGGCCCUGGGGAGCACCUCCGGAAUGCCCUGUGGCACACAGGAGACACAGGGUCCCAGGUGCGGCUGCUGUGGAAGGACCCGCGCAAUGUGGGCUGGAAGGACAAGACCUCCUACCGGUGGUUCCUGCAGCACAGGCCCCAAGUGGGCUACAUCAGGGUGCGCUUCUACGAAGGCCCAGAACUGGUGGCUGACAGCAACGUGGUCCUGGACACCACCAUGCGGGGUGGCCGCCUGGGGGUCUUCUGCUUCUCCCAGGAGAAUAUCAUCUGGGCUAAUCUACGCUACCGUUGCAAUGACACCAUCCCGGAGGACUACGAAAACCAGCAGCAGCGGCUGCGGGCCUAG